AUGACGAUUGAAGGAAACAAGGAUGAAGCUGAGCGCUGCAUAGAAAUUGCGCAAAGUGCCUUCACUGCUGGGAAUUAUGAGAAGGCCGAGCGUUUUUUAGUGAAGGCUGAACGUCUUUAUCCUACAGCAAGAGCUAAGGACCUCCUGACCGUGGUUAGAGCUGCAAUACCCACCGGGACCUCGAAGCGAACGCCUCCCAGCAGCCCUAGUGAUGAUGUUAGGCGACGUAAGCCUGCAGCACAUCAACCUGAAAAGAGGGAAUACACUGCUGAUCAACUGGACGCGGUAAAAAGAAUCAAUACCAAAUGCAAGGAUUAUUACGAAAUUCUAAGUGUAACAAAAGAAGCUACAGAUUCUGACAUCAAGAAAGCUUACAAGAAGUUGGCGCUCCAACUUCAUCCGGAUAAGAAUCAUGCACCAGGAGCCGCUGAGGCAUUCAAGGCUAUUGGGAAUGCAGCUGGAGUACUAACAGACCCAGAGAAGCGCAAACAAUAUGAUCUCCGUGCUGAUGAAGCUCCAGUUCAUACACAGCACACCCAUCACCAAUAUUAUGCGAGGGGCUUUGAAUCUGAUCUCACCGCUGAAGAGUUGUUUAACAUGUUCUUUGGACAUACUGCAUUCUCAGCGGGCGGCCCAACAGUAUACCGUCGCCGUCGUGAACCAGAACAAAGGGAGAACCACGGGGGCAUAGUCCAACUCCUUCCGAUAGUCGUUCUGGUCCUCCUCUCCAUGAUGUCAGGCUUUUUCAUCAGCGAGCCGGUGUACAGCCUCACCCCGAGCUCCAAGUAUCCAGUACCGAGGGAGACUGUUAAUCUGAAGGUACCAUACUACGUCAAAGACAACUUCCAUACAGACUACCAAGGGUCGCUACGGAGACUUGAAAUGGCGAUAGAAGAGGAAUAUAUUGUGAACCUACGACACGCGUGUCAGCGCGAGCGCAACUAUCGGGACAGUCUGGCAUGGAAAGCGCGCAACUUUGGCGACAGCGGUCAGUACGCAGAGGCGCAGCGAAUGCGUAUGCCAAGUUGCGAGAAGUUGAACAAGUACCAGCGGUAG